AUGUCGGACAUGGAGGAAGAUUUCAUGUGCGGUGAGGAGGAAGAUUAUAACCUAGGUAAUUACGAAGAAAUGAUGAAGAGAUAUAAACAGUUGUUGACAUAUAUAAAGAGUGCAGUUACAAGGAACUACUCAGAGAAAUCUAUCAAUUCAAUCUUAGACUAUAUCUCAACAUCCAAACAAAUGGCAUUACUACAGAAUUUCUAUGAAACUACAUUGGAAGCACUCCGAGAUGCCAAGAAUGACCGGUUGUGGUUCAAAACAAAUACUAAGCUUGGAAAAUUGUACUAUGACAGAGAAGAGUUUCAGAAAUUAGCAAAAAUACUGAAGCAGCUUCAUCAGUCGUGUCAGACGGUGGACGGUGCCGAUGACCUGAAGAAAGGAACACAGUUGCUUGAAAUUUAUGCAUUAGAAAUACAAAUGUACACGGCGCAGAAGAAUAAUAAAAAACUUAAGGCGCUGUAUGAACAGUCUUUACAGAUCAAGUCAGCCAUCCCACAUCCCCUCAUCAUGGGUGUCAUACGAGAAUGUGGUGGAAAAAUGCAUCUUCGAGAAGGAGAGUUUGAAAAAGCUCACACUGAUUUCUUUGAAGCGUUUAAGAAUUACGAUGAAUCUGGUAGUCCGAGACGUACUACUUGUCUUAAGUAUUUAGUUUUAGCUAAUAUGUUAAUGAAGUCUGGAAUUAAUCCGUUUGAUUCACAAGAAGCCAAACCUUACAAAAAUGACCCUGAGAUUCUAGCAAUGACGAAUUUAGUGAGUGCCUACCAGAAUAACGAUAUUAAUGAAUUUGAAAAGAUUCUCAAAACAAAUAGACAAAAUAUAAUGGAUGACCCGUUUAUUAGGGAACACAUUGAAGAUUUACUGCGAAAUAUUCGCACACAGGUUUUAAUUGAGCUUAUCAGACCCUACACAAGGAUUCAUAUACCUUUUAUUUCUAGAGAACUUAACAUAGAUGUUAAUGAAGUAGAGAGUCUGUUAGUGUCUUGUAUUCUAGAUAAUACAAUUCAAGGAAGGAUCGAUCAAGUCAAUCAGCUACUGGAGUUGGAUCAGAAAUCAAUGAAUGCAGAUAGGUACGCCGCACUGGAUAAAUGGACAUCGCAGCUUAACUCGCUACACCAAUCAGUGGUCAACAAGAUGGCAUGACUUGUAUAGUGUAAUAAACAACCAUAGUAUUGUUCAUGAAUAUUAACAAUAGAACUAUGCCGGCUGAAAUGUACAUCUCGGACCAUCACCUGCGUACCGUGGAAUUACAACAUGUAAUAGUUCCCGUUACAUUGAAGAAACUAUUGUUGUAGGGAGUGUAAGGUUAACCUCAGCUGGACUGCAUUUGGAGUGGUAUAUUCGCUUCUAAUUUUCUUAACAGAAAACUGGGGAGGGGGUGGUACAGUAUGAUUUGGAGUAAUGGUAUGCAAGAUAUGGUUCAGUUUUUUAACGCAUUUUCUUCUGUCAAAUUGCCCAUAUUGUUUAGCCAAUCAAGUUGCUCCUAUGCUGAAAAAGAUACAUAAAUCAAUAAAAAUGUGUGUUUUAAGG